AAUGGCAUCGCUCCAGGGAGGAGUUUAUAAGGUGGACACUGCAUUUACCUGUGAAAGCAGACAAGACAGCAAACAUGGUUGUAUGGUCCGACUUUGAACGCGCCACCAUCAAGGGCAUCUUUAACAAGAUAAACCCUGAUGUCGUGGGUCCAGCAGCUCUCGCCAGGUGCCUGGUGGUCUACCCAUGGACACAGAGGUACUUUGAAUCCUUCGGAGAUCUCUCCAGUGCUCAGGCCAUCAAGAGCAAUGCAAAGGUCGCAAAUCACGGAAAGGUUGUCAUGCUUGGUUUGGAUAAGGCUGUGAAGAACAUGGACAACAUCAAGCAGGCUUACACCGACCUGAGCAUUCUGCACUCUGAGAAGCUCCGCGUGGAUCCAGAUAACUUCAGGCUGCUGGCCGACUGUCUGACCGUCGUGGUGGCCGCUCAGAUGGGCACCAGCUUCACCGCAGAUGUCCAGGCAGCCUUCCAGAAGUUCCUGCAGGUGGUGGUGUCCGCCCUGGGACGACAGUACUACUGAACCAGCCACACAGCGCCACCUGACGAUGACCCAUUUUACAAACCUUGUAUAUGACUGUCAUCUCAUUGUGAUACUUCAAUAAAUCACUUUUGGUU